AUGAGGGCUCACGUCCAAGCAUUGCUACUCCUAUUCUUAAGCUUGUGUGCAACGACAUUCGCACAGUCGAAAUUGCCGCCGUGUGCUCAACUGUGCCUCAAGACUGCUUUUGGAACAAACACCUGCACGCCCACCGACCAAGCAUGUAUUUGCACAAACCCCGUUUUCCAAGGCAACGUUACAGCAUGCGUCGCCACGACCUGCACCAUUCCUGAGUCGUUGAUGACACGCAACAUCAGCCUCACCAACUGCGGCACACCUGUUCGCAAUCAUGGUCAGGACUAUGUUGUUUUGUCGAAUGUCAUGAUCGUUAUCGCUGGAGCUUUUGUCGCCAUCCGCUUCAUGUUCAAAGCCACAGUCUCGCGAAUGGACUUUGGUUACGACGAUUGGUGCGUCCUUGUCACGCUCAUCUCCGCGAUCCCUAGUGCCAUUAUCACUGUAUAUGGAACUGUGAAGAAUGGCCUUGGGCAGGAUAUCUGGACCCUAAAGCCUCAGCAAAUCACCGAGAUGUUGAAGUACUUCUACAUCAUGGCGUCGCUGUAUUUCACUCAGGUUAUGCUUUUAAAGCUGUCGCUCGUCUUCUUCUACAUUCGUGUAUUUCCGAGCAAAGAAGUGCAGAGACUUCUGUGGGGUACUGUGGUGUUCGUAGCACUGUGGGGUGUCGCCUUCGUCAUUACAGCCAUUUUCCAGUGCCAGCCCAUCCACUACUUCUGGCAGAAGUGGGACGGACUGCACGAGGGGAGCUGUUUAGACAUCAAUGCCAUCACUGCAAGUAACGCGGCAAUCAGCAUUGCGUUGGACUUCUGGAUCCUCGGCAUUCCUCUUUGGCAGUUAUGGGGGCUGAAGUUACACUGGAAGAAAAAGGUUGCUGUUGCACUUAUGUUCUGCCUCGGAACCUUCGUGACAGUCGUUAGCAUCCUUCGGUUGCAGGCGUUGGUGCAUUUUGCUGCUUCUUCGAACGCAAGCUGGGGAUUCUACGAUGUUUCGGUCUGGAGCACCAUCGAGAUCUGUGUGGGAAUCAUGUGCGCCUGUUUGCCGACUCUUCGAUUACUUCUUGUCAAGCUCUUUCCCAUCCUCGGUGGAUCCUCAGCUCGGUCAAGAAACAAAUACUACAACUAUGGCAGCAGCAACGAGCUGGGGAAUGUUGCUGGCCAGAGCCAGAGCCAGAGCAAGAAGCCUCGAUACAAUGGUACUGCUAUAUCGAGUCCAGGAAGCGGCGUCUUUGAUCGGGGAGAUGGUAUCACGGUCAAAACGAGCUACACAGUGCAGCGAAGUCACGGUGACACGGAUGAGGCCAGUUUAGUCAGUCAUGAGGAGAAGAACAAGCGGUAA